AUGAUGAAGCUGCUUUCUUUCCUUUUGGUUGCACUGGCGGCAAGCAAUGUCCACAGCUUUUCACCGAUGCUGGGAACUAGCCGUUCCGUGGUUCGAAGCGAAACUACAUCGCUUCAGAUGGCCAAGGGCUUUGGAGCUGAGAAGACGCCAAAGCGAGAAAAAUCUGCCGGGCAAACGAAGCGUGAUUCUGAGGCAGCCAAAUAUGACGAGCUUGCGGCAUCUGGGGGUCAAGAGUACCUUGUCUAUGUGCGACAAUUCGGUUCUGACGACCAAUCUUGGUUCCCAUGUGGUUCCAUCGCCGUGCCCCGAGGUGCUCAAGUGACAGACGCAAUCUACGCCAACGAAGAAGCCCUGAAAGUUGCCAUUAUGCGAACGUAUCCCAAACUGGAAGGACUUGAGCAGGAAUUCGAAUUUGGAUACAACCUGAAAAUUUACCCAGACGACCCAGUGGAAGUGGCUGCGAAGGGUGGAAAAAAGACUGAGGGUCUCUCCGUUGGCAACUGGCUGUCGCUUUUGCUUUCUCCCGUUGACGCAUCGCAAUCAAAGCCGCCAUCAAGCUAA